CGCGUUAGAGCAUUUCCCUUCCCAGAUAGGCGCGAUUUUUCGGAGCAUUCCUCUCCCGACCGACCCGAAUAUUAUCACCUCGAGUGGAUUCCGCUCCCGAAUAUUCCCCUCCUGAGUAGCUCCUUCCCCGGUCACGUUGCAACGCGCGAUCACGUUGCUCCUCGUCGCUUCUUCGCCUUUGCCGCUUUGCGCUUUUGCCGCUUUGCGGUUUUGCUUCGAAUCCUCCUCCCGUUUAAUCCCCUCCUGCUCGCUGGGAUGAAUGUCCUCGUUACAGGCCCACCCGGCGUGGGAAAGACAACGCUGAUCACACGCGUUAUCGAGAGAGUUAAAGACGCGCUUCCUGCGGUCACCCUCCGAGGUUUCACGACAGAGGAGGUCCGGAGAGCAGGCGAGCGCAUCGGCUUCGACAUAGUCACACUGGAUGGCACCCGCGUGGCCCUUGCCCGCCUCUCCCACUCGGACUUCUCUUCUCCUGCCAAUCCGUGUGGCAGCAGCGGCACCAGUGCUAGCACCAGCACCAGCACCAGCAGCAGCAGCAGCAGCGGCGGCGGCGGCAGAAGCAGCAGCAGAAGCAGCGUGAGAAGUGAAUACAGCAGGAAUAGUGAGAGGUGGGGGCGCGUUGGCAAGUACAGUGUGGAUAUUGCUGCAGUUGACCAGCACGUGUUGCCAAUACUCUCCCUCGCCACCCCGCCACCACCCCUACACGUAUCCCAACCAACGCUCUCGCCAUCACUGUCACCAUCGCCACCAGCGUCAGCAGCAGCAGCAGCAGCACCAGUAGCACCAUCACCUGCCACUUUCAGCAGCAGCAGCAGUCCACGUGGCACGUUGUGGGUGGUGGAUGAGAUCGGCAAGAUGGAGCUUCUGUCCGCCCGCUUCGCUGCAGCCAUCACUGCGCUCCUGGAUGCCCCCCUGCCCCUCCUCGCUUCCAUCCCCGUCGCCAUGCACGGGAGAGACCUGCCCCAAGUGGCUGCCAUCCGCGCCCGUCCAGACGUCUCCAUAGUGCACGUGUCUCGAAGCAACAGGGACCACCUCGUCGCCGCUCUCUCCAGCCAGCUCCUUGCUCUCAUCCAUUCCUCUGCAGACUGCAACUGACUUUUGAGUUGACUCAAAGAUCAGCAACAGGGACCACCUCGUCGUCACCUGUUUAUCCAGCCAACGUUUUGCUCUCACCCGCUCCUCUGGAAUAGACCCCUCACCUCACUGGUGGCUCUCAUACCACCGUUGUGAAUAAAUGGAUCUCCCUGGAAAAUGGGAGCUCCAUAGUGCGUGUACGUAUGUUCCUUCGUAGCGGCGUGCGGGUAUUAUCUGCCAUGGUUGAUUUGUUUGACUUAGUGUCUUUGUUUAGUUGUGCGUCACGGCCCGAAUUGAAUCACAAAAUACGAGCAGGGCACUUCCUGCAACCGAUGCUGCCCUUUCCCCCAUGUGAUGUGCGAGAGGGGACGAAACAGUGGUAAACAGUGAGGCAAACAGUGGUAUGCAUGGGCUAGGUGGCA